AUGGAUGGGCGGCUGCAGAGGGGCCUCCCCGCGCAGCAGGACUGCAACAUCCGGGAGAAAAUAGACUUAGAAAUCCGAAUUCGAGAAGGAAUAUGGAAGCUGCUCUCCCUGAGUACAAAAAAAGACCAGGUUUUACAUGCAGUUAAGAAUCUCAUGGUGUGCAAUGCUCGGAUAGAGGCCUACACGGCGGAGCUACGGAAGUCAGAGGAACAGAUUGCAAGUCAAACUGGAAGACGUGAUGGGAGCUGUGAAAGUAGAGAGCAGAGAGCCUGCAGAGGGAAGAUUGCUCUGUCAGAUAUCCGAAUACCACUAAUGUGGAAAGACUCUGAUCACUUCAGUAAUAAAGAAUGCACACAACGCUACGCCAUCUUUUGUUUGUUCAGGAUGGGAGCCGAGGUAUUUGAUACCGACAUGGUGAUUGUGGACCAGACCAUCACAGAUAUAUGUUUUGACAACAUCACCCUAUUCAGCGAAGCAGGCCCAGACUUCCGGAUAAAGAUAGAAGUGUACAGCUGUAGUGCAGAGGACUCUUCCAUAAUCAACACCCCUAAAAAACUGGCUAAGAAGUUGAAGACGUCCAUCAGUAAAGCUGCAGGAAGGAAAAUAAGUUCAGCGCUUCAGGAAGAGACCCCAGAGACAUACUUGCUCGUCAGCUCUGUUUCGGGUGCGAAGUACCAUUUGCUAGCACACACCACCCUGACCUUGGAGAGUGCUGGGGACUGCUUCAAGACCCAUAAUCUGUCCGUUCAUGGAGAUGAGGACUGUUCCUUUUGGCUUCCCUUGUACGGCAAUGUGUGCUGCCGGUUAGUGGCCCAGCCAGCUUGUAUGGCUGAAGAUGCAUUUGCGGGAUUCCUUAACGAGCAGCAAACAGUAAAAGGUCUGGUUGGCUGGAGAAGGCUGUACUGUGCUCUGAGAGGGGGUAAACUCCACUGUUACUACGGACCAGAAGAAAUUGAAGCUAAAGUGGAGCCAACUCUGGUGGUCUCCAUUGACAAGGAAACCAGAAUUCAGACCAUGGACAAGGAUGCAAAGAAAAUGCAUCAUUUCUGUGUCACCAACACUGUUGCUGGGCGCACAGUGCCUCACAUCUUUGCGGCUGACAGCCUAGAAGACCUUCAGGAGUGGAUGGGUGCCAUCAGGCAGCAUCUCUUUGAUCUUAGCCAAUGGAAGCAUUGUUGUGAAGAACUUAUGAAAAUUGAGAUUAUGUCACCACGGAAACCACCUUUGUUCCUGACAAAGGAGGCGACCUCCGUGUACUACGAUAUGAGCAUCGAUUCACCUGUGAAACUUGAAAGUUUAACUGAGAUAAUACAAAAGAAAAUUGGAGAGACUAAUGGGCAGGUCCUCAUUAGUCGGGAUGAAGCAUCCAUGCCACCCCCAUGGGCCGCAGUCUUUGAUGGCAAUCAUGAAAUGGUCAUCCAGAAGAAAGUGUUGUCCCCCACAGGCAAACCAGCCCCUGAUGGGAAAAGGAAGAAGAGGCGAGCACCACUUCCUCCUACUGAUCAGCCUCCCUUCAGUGUGAAGACACAGGGCGGCACAGAUCAGUCCAAGGGUAGCGAGGCCCAGGCCAGUGUCUCCGGAGCCUCGCCUUCUGAUUCCAGACUAUCAUCAUCCAUGCAUCACUUCCAGAAACCGGUGGCUGCCCCUCGAAAACUUCUCUCUGCCAGGAAAAACAGUUCAGCUGAUGAUGAGCACACGGACACUAAAACCAGUUUUGAAGGCAAACCGGUGCCGGCUCCAAGGCAGAAAUCCAUCAGGGACAUUCUGGACCCUCGAUCAUGGCUGCAAGCACAAGUAUAGGCAGCCUGUCCUGUCUAAAUCGAACUGUAAAAGCUCGGGUCGGGUCAGAGGCAUUAUACAUGUAAUGUUAUAUAAUUGUAUAGGUAAAGACCAUAACAAUUUCUAUAAAGCCAUUAAUAUGCUAUUAGAUAUAGAAAAGCACCUUUUAAUAGAGAAUUGAAUUUCUCUUUUACUUCUCAUUUCUAGAAUAUAAAUGAUAUCCCACACACACACACACAGAGAGAGAGAGAGCAAAAGAGCAGUUUCUAGACAGUAUCCUAAUUGUUGGAAGGGUUAAUUUAUUCCUACGUUAGAAGCAGGCAGUGAAUAAGCAGUAGGCAGAAGAAAGCUCUGAUGUUUCCUUUGGAGAGAGAUCAUCUAGUAAAGUAGAAUGUGUUAAAUACAAGCCAUAUUCUCAUUGUGAGGGUUUUAAUACUUAAUGGAAUGUUUCAAAGGUUUUAUUCAAACCGCAAAUUACAGAAUCCAUCCAAGAAAAUCUCCCCCUUCAGCUUUCUGGAAUUCUCAUCUAACGGUUCGCUGGCUCCCCUCUAUUGUUUAACUCGACGGUUUAUAGGAUUGACCUUUUAAAUUCCUGGGAUAAAUUUUAGAAUAUUAAAUUCUUUGUCUUUGACGGGAAUUUGUAAUCUGCUCUUCAGAGUCAUUUCCUUGAUGAGCCCUGAAAUCCUGUUGACUUUGCUGCUCAUCAGUGAGGUGCACGCUUAUUAGUGAGAAAAAAUGGAUAUGAACUGUCCCCCAUUGCUCCGUUUGCUGUGUGAUGCUAAUCUCCAUUGUGCCCUCUGGAGUUUGGGGAGGCAAGUAGCUGAUUAAUGUCUUGAAAUUUAUUUAGUACUUAUUUUUAAAAGCAGAUGACAGAUUCAAAAAUUAUAAGAAAAGUUGACCAUAGUAAUUUUCAGGAUUAAUCCCUUUUCAAAUUUUUAAUUAGAUUUCCUUUUUUUUUUUGAGUAAGGGUUGAUGUCUGUUAUUGAUAUUAUUCAUUAAAAGUAAUAUUCAGUAAUCACAUUGGCAUCAUUUCCAUAGGAGGUAAUUUCCAUAGCAACUAAUCACAGUGACCUAAACAGGAUUAUGAAUUGAAUGGGGGAUAAAUAGCAAGAGGAUGAAUAUCUUAAAUGAACAAAAAGAAAAAUCCACUUUUUAUAAUAACCCUCUUUGUAAACAAGAACAGCAGAACAGUUUUAAAAUGUCAUCAGAAUUUCCAAGCCAAACUGCCCAGAAGGUGUCAAACUCAGCCCUGAGAGUCUAGGACCGCCCAAGCCCUAACUGCCAUCAUGCACCAUCAGGCUUUAGAAAGUAAACUACAGACAGAGCAGGAUCAGAACUCCAUCAGUGUGCAAUGAACGUUGGACCAACAAAAGACUAAUGGAACCUUUCGUCAUUGUUAACUAGCAGAGGGGGUUAUUUUGUUGGUCUGUUUUGUCUUGUUUCUGUUUUUCAUUUCGAUACUGUACUGUAACUGCCAGGUAACUCCCAAUAAGAAGUGGGGCCUAGGAACAGUGACACAUUAAGUCUGUCUCUGGUGACAGUGACGCCAGAGCAGACAUAGCCCUUAGUGAAUGUAGAACUCUGGGUAGAGACUCCUACACCCAUGGAAACCUGAAGAGUAGAUGGAUGUGGGGUUUUUUGUUUUGUUUUGUUUUCUUUAACUGGAAAGUUCUCAAAAGUUUUGGUGGUGAUUGACAUUUCAAUAAAUCAAAGUCAAAGUUAUCUUAUUGUUCAAACUGCCUUUUUCAAGCCCUCACUGCUAACUUCAACAAUGUCUAUGAACUGUUGCUACCACUUCUUCUCUGUUGGUUUGUUUUUGUUCCAAGAUGCUGCUGGCAAAAUUGCUUCUGAUCACUGGCCCCCAAGUGCCUCCAUCCCCACCCCUGUGCCCUUUAUUAUCACUUGAUUCCCUUUAUUACAAGUCAGGACUUAAAUACACACAUCACCGUCACCUUCCGAUUUCUUGUACAAGUUGCGACCAGAAGAGUUUAGGUUGCUCCGGAGAGGGAGAGACAUUCCUGGAGACAUUCUGGAGGAGUCGUGUUCUCAGAGGGGAGCUUUGAACCAGGUCUGAAAUGAGACUCCUUUCCAGAGUCCUGUGGGUGAAGCCCUCUGCGGCCCCCACUUGUUUCCGGAAGUCCAGCCCCAUGUCACUCUGCUCCUCAGGUGCUAGUUUCCCUCCACCCCACCCAGAUAACAGAGAAGUAAGGACAGGGUCGCUCUUUCCUUUCUUCCUCCUGUCUCGUAGCUCUUCCCACCUUCCCUCCCCCUCUUUUGCUCUUUCCUCCACCACCUGAACAUAUCUGAAGAUGCUGACUUAAGAACUGCUGAGGAAGUUUUCAGAAGUACUUUCUCAUUUACUGAGCUAGGACAGAGAUGGAGGGGUGUGCCAGGUGAUGUGAAGGGUGCCACAGCUUUGUGUGAGCUGGUCCUCGUGUGUCCUUCCAAAGUUCUCUUCUUUGCUCUCAGAUCUUGAUAAAAUUAUAACUGGAGAAACUUAAUAGAGAAAAUAGAUAUUUUAAAUUGUGGUACUUCUGAUGAUGGGGAGAUAAAAUCUUGGGCAAUUGAAUCUACAUCUCAAGGUCUAGAGUAUAAAUUACAACAGCAUUUGCAGUGGUAUCAUUUUUCAAUUGCUGCAAAAAAAUGGUCAUUUUAUUUUAAUAUCUUUCAAAGAGGAAGAAUGCUUUUUUAAAAUGUAAAUGCACUCUUCUCAAGCAAAAAACCUAUCAAAAAUACCAAGCAAGGCAGCGUUUGCUGACUUUACAUCUUAACUGUGUGUAACCCUCCAUGCACAACUCCUUUCUAACAGAUAUGGCUGCGUGUGGGAAACUCUGCCCAUUCCUUAUCGAGACCUGUCUCUGCCAUUUAGGAUAAACUAUCUCUCACUUGGUACUGUUUAUUAAAAAUGGAUAGCUGUCUUGGCUUAGAGACAACCUGUAUAAGGUAGGUAGCCAACAAUAUCAAGUCUUUCUUUUAGGUGCCUCAGCUACCUACUGUGAAUUCACUCCAAAAUCAAGUUAUAGGGGCCUUUGGUGUAGUUUAUGUUAAAUGGCAGUCAAAGGCAGUCAUCUGUGCAACCAAGGCAGAGACAGCUCUGUUAGCGACACAGCAGAUGCUGGGAGCAAUCAGGGAGGGGAGGAAGAGGCUUUGGCUUCUGCCAUGAAAUGCAUCUCUUGGUCAGAACUUCCCAGCAUUCAUUGGUAUGUUCAAGACUGGGUGGGUGGACAACAGUAAAGAUGUAAUUUUUGCAUUCUGGCAGUUGUCCUCUCUUUCCUAUUAUGUUUCAAAGCAUUUCUAUUUUAAAAUCGUGUGUGUGUGUGUGUGUGUGUGUGUGUGUGUGUGUGUGUGUGUGUGUGUGUAUCAGAAGAGGUCAUCAGACAUUCUGGAACUGGAUCACAGGUGAGACUCCCAGUGUGGGUGCCAAAGAACCAAACCUUGGUCCUCUGCGAGAGCAGCAAGUGAGCCAUCUGUCCAGCUUGAAAUACAUGUCAGCUACUUUAUUGCUAAUAAUAGUUCCAUAAAAACUGUUGUGCAACAUUGUUUCCGUAGCUAACCCUGGGGAAAAUACCACUGUUGAGUUUCUUAAAGGACUUUUUGUUUGUUUAUAAGAACUUGUUUGUUGGUAUAUUCAUUUGUUUAUCUGUAAAGGCUCAUGUGCCACUGCCCACAUAUGGAGUCAGUUGACAACCUGUGGUAGACAGCUCUCUCCUUCCACUAAGUGGGUCCUUGGGUCCUUGAGUUUAGUGGCAAACACCUUUAUCCACCGAGCCAUCUAGCCAGCCCCACCCUUGAGUUUUUAAAAGGCAGGAUUUCAAUGUACAUUUGAAAGUACAUUGUAUUAUUUCCUAACAUGUUUAUAUAAUUAGCAGUGCUUGUUUAAUUAUAUGUGGAUCAAAUGUCUGGAUUAGAUAGUAUUAAUUGCAUCAAACUUUUUUAAGAUCAAAAAGUAUUUGAAGGAAAUCUAAGUCACAUGAUUAAAACUUGUAUAAUAAUUGAUGAAUGUGAUUCAUGAAGAUGUUUUCUGGCAUGUUCUCUGAGGUUCUCCCUCUGGGCUGAGCUAAUAGAGGUGGAUGGACAGUUAACUUCUGAGGGAAGGCCACCCUCAGCUAUUAAGAAACUCAUCACCAGGCACCCUGAGGUCCUUAAUGGUUAAGUAUUUGCAUGGAAUCCUUAGCGAAGUAUGUACUCCAAAAAGUCUUUUUAGGUAGUCCUGUUUUUAAUUUACCAAGUGGGAUUUUCCGAGGUCUGUAAGUCACUAGUUUACUUAGGUAAACUCCUUCUUUUAAUUGUCUUCCCUCCUACAUAAUGUAUUGUCUUGGAGCACUUCAGGUGGAGAGGAGGAGAGGAGGGCAAGCCUGCCUGGAGUCUCUCAUCUCACUACUUUAUUUCUAAGUGUGUUGUAGGAUCAGAAGUGUUCUGCAUUUCUUUCUAAAAAAACAUUUCCAUUUUUUCUUGGGGGGAGGGGCUAACCAAUCAAUGGGCAUGGAUAAAAACAAAAGUCCUUAAGAUUGAGCAAAUCAAAAAUAAAUAAAUAAAUAAACUUUUAUAGAAAUGUCUGACAGCAUUUUUCCUUCUGUGAGUAUAGGAAAGGGGGUUUAAUUUUGUCAUGUCUGCAAUUAAACAAGACCUUGAAGAAAAUUAGGUUUGCAAUGGGUAGCAAUUUGCUUUGGGGAAGCAUGGCCAUCUCUUACCUGGACUAUUAAAGGAGGGGGUCAAUUGAAAAUGAGUCUGUCUGCAUAAUUAUACCGUGUCACAAACGUGUGCCAAGACACCAAAUAAAUCCUGUUAAAAGUGAAA